UUUUUUAUGGUAGCGUUUUCCCAGAACUGCAUGGUGGAUGUUGCUUUGGGAUUGAAAUACAUCAUCCAGCAAUGGAUUAUAACAAUCUGUUUUUCCGUUUUCUCGAUUGGAAAUAGCACAUUGUAACGGAUCUGGAAUGACAAAGAGAAUGGGACACAGAGGCUGGAGAUGGCAGCAGGCUCUUUGGAUUGUUCUUUUCUUCCUCCUGUGGAGGACAACAAACGGACAGACUCGUUACAGCAUCCCGGAGGAACUGAAACCGGGUUCUGUGGUAGGAAAUAUAGCCAAAGAUCUGGGUUUGGGGCUGUCGGAUGUUUUUAGCCGCAAGCUUCGUGUCGCCUCUGAGGCUGAUCAGCAGUAUUUCAGUGUGGAUGUGGGGAAGGGCGAGCUGGUGGUGAACGACAGAAUAGACAGAGAGACAAUCUGCGGACAAAGCGCCAGCUGCAUGUUGCCUUUACAAGCUGUAACAGAGAAUCCGCUCCAGCUAUACCGCAUCGAAAUAGAAAUCAGGGACAUAAACGACAAUUCUCCGCUUUUUAUCACAGAGGAGCGAUCGUUAAAGAUAGCAGAGUCCACCGUCACGGGCACGCGCUUUCCUUUAGAAACCGCGCAGGAUUUGGACGUAGGUAGUAACUCGGUGAAGACCUACACUCUGAGUAAAGAUGAAUGUUUUAGUUUGAAGGUGAAAGAACUGUCUGGUGACCGUAAGGUUCCAGAGUUGGCUCUGGAGAAAUCGCUGGACAGAGAAAAGAAAAGUGUCCAUCAUCUAUUAUUAACGGCGCUGGACGGAGGCAGUCCUGUUAAAACUGGAACCUCUAAAAUUGUAAUUACGGUACUGGACAUCAACGACAACGUGCCUGUUUGCACAAAGCCGCUGUACAAUGUGACUGUGCAGGAGAAUAGUGUCGCAGGUUCGGCUCUGCUCAAAAUUGAAGCCACGGACGCAGACGAUGGGGUUAACGGGGAGAUUGAAUAUGCGUUUGCUGAGCACACGCAGCAGCCACUGUUAAACCUUUUUCAUCUGGAUUCGAGGACGGGCGAACUGUAUUUAACAGCUCAGUUAGAUUACGAAACCGGCACCUCUCAUGAAUUGCAUAUUAGCGCAAAAGACAAAGGAGUUCCUGAAAUGGAGGGCCACUGCCGCGUGCACGUGGCGGUAAUGGAUAUUAAUGAUAACGCCCCUGAAAUAGUUCUCACUUCAAUGCCAAACCCCGUGCGCGAGGACGCACCGAGUGGCACAAUCGUGGCUUUAAUCAGAUCGCGAGACCUUGACUUUGGCGCAAACAGUAAAGUGACGUUAACGCUUCCAAAAGGUUCUCCUUUUAGUCUAAAACCGUCAUUUUCUAAUAAUUACGUGCUGGUUACCAGCGGUGUUUUAGACAGAGAGAGUUUCUCAGAAUAUAAUAUCGAGAUAACAGCCACUGACUCAGGCUCUCCUCCUCUGUCCAAUCAGAAAACUGUAUCUGUGAGCGUCACUGACGUCAAUGACAACCCUCCCGUGUUCACUCAGUCCUCCUAUAAUGUGUAUUUAAAAGAGAAUGGACUCCCAGGUUCUGUUCUGUUCUCAGUUUCAGCAUCUGAUGCUGAUUUUGGGGAAAACUCCAGAAUCUAUUACUCGAUCCUGGACUCUCAAGUGCAAGACGUGUCUGUGUCAUCUUAUGUCUACAUUAACUCAGAUAACGGCAGCAUCUACAGCAUGCACUCGUUUGACUAUGAGAAGUUGAAGGUGUUUCAGAUUCAGGUGCAGGCAAAGGACCAGGGCUCUCCGUCUCUCAGCAGCAACGUCACUGUCCAUGUUUUUAUCCUGGACCAGAACGACAAUGUCCCCGCUGUUAUUUAUCCCUCCUCCGCUGCCCUGGGCUCCCUGUCUCAUCAGAGGAUGUCCCGCUCUGCUAAAGCGGGACACCUGGUCACCAAAGUGACGGCCGUGGACGCUGACUCGGGACAUAACGCGUGGAUCUCAUAUAAAGUGUCGGAUGCCACAGAUGCAUCUUUGUUCACUGUCAAUCAGUACACAGGGGAGGUGAGGACUAAACGUGCUGUGUCCGAGCACGACGAGUCCUCUCAGAGGCUGCUUAUAGAGAUCAAGGACGACGGAGAACCGGUCCAGUCCGCCACGGUCACCGUGUCCAUCCUGCUGGAGGACAGUCUGCACGAGCCCAUCUUGGACCUGCGGCACAAAGUGUCCGAGCCCAGCAAGAAAAGUGGGAGAAUCGCCCUUUAUCUGAUCGUGUCUCUGUCCUCGGUGUCCGUGCUGUCUCUGGUGACUUUUGUCAUCUUAGCUGUUAAAUGCAUCAGGACCAGCAGAAGCAGCGGAAGUUGCUGCACGAGACGGAGCGACUGUGAUGAUUACAAGAACCCCAACAGGAACCUGCAGAUUCAGCUCAACACUGAUGGACCCAUUAAGUACGUGGAGGUCCUGGGAGGAGACAUGUUGUCUCAGAGUCAAUCCUUCAGGUCCUGUCUGUCUCCCAUGUCAGAGUACAGUGAUUUCACUUUGAUUAAGCCCAGCAGCACCACUGACUUUAAGGACAUGAUCAGUGUCCUGGAUGCGUCUUUACCCGACAGCACCUGGACCUUUGAGAGCCAACAGGUGAGAUGAAACCAGA